UUCAGUUGUGAGCUCCAAUUAGGCAGCGUAUGUGUCAGUCAACAAGCAGCUAUUUCUGAUUGGUUACAUCCUUCUAAGGUUAUUUGAGUUCGUUUCCGUCAAAAAUGACUCAUACAUUUUUUUUCUGCCCUCUCUAUCUAAAUGCCCUAUAGCUAGCACGGCCUGAAACCGCUACAGAUCUACAAAAAGACAUUCUGUCCAGUGUCACGGUAAAUUACGGAGAGAGUCAUUGAAAAGGGAUCGGUUUUUCUCCCGGUAAUCUUAAGAGGAAAUUCAGCCGUUUAAAGAAAAUUAAGGAAAUAGCGGCCGGAGUCCAAAGAGCAUUUUUUUUUUCUCUCUCUCUCCUUCCCAUGGAUCAAAAGCCGGCUGGAACUGAAAGAUACAACACCGUGUGACGUUUGUUCUCUUCAGGGAAUGAUGCCAUAAUAAAACGAGGUUAAAAAAAAAGAACCGAAGACUUCCAAGAAAGCAUCGCCGAUUACACUUGAAUCAUGGAAAACGCGCAUACCAAAACCGUGGAAGAGGUGCUGUCCUAUUUCGGAGUGAACGAGUCCACAGGACUGAGCAUCGACCAGGUGAAGAAGGCCAAGGAAAGAUGGGGACCUAACGAACUCCCUGCAGAAGAAGGAAAGUCACUAUGGGCUCUCGUCUUGGAGCAGUUUGAAGAUUUGUUAGUGAGAAUUCUGCUUCUGGCAGCCUGCAUCUCUUUCAUACUCGCCUGGUUUGAAGAAGGAGAAGGGACCAUCACAGCCUUUGUUGAGCCAUUUGUCAUCCUCCUAAUCCUAAUCGCCAAUGCUAUAGUUGGCGUCUGGCAGGAGCGUAAUGCUGAAAAUGCCAUUGAAGCAUUAAAGGAGUAUGAACCAGAGAUGGGAAAGGUGUACCGGCAGGACAAGAAGAGUGUCCAGCGGGUGAAGGCCAGGGACAUCGUACCUGGGGACAUAGUCGAGGUAGCAGUUGGUGACAAAGUUCCAGCUGACAUUCGCAUCACCUCCAUCCGAUCAACUACUCUGAGGGUGGAUCAGUCCAUCCUAACUGGAGAAUCGGUGUCGGUCAUCAAGCACACAGACCCGGUGCCAGACCCAAGAGCUGUAAACCAGGAUAAGAAGAACAUGCUAUUUUCUGGUACCAACAUCUCAGCAGGGAAAGCAAUUGGGGUGGCAAUAGCCACUGGUGUACAGACGGAAAUUGGGAAGAUUCGUGAUGAGAUGGUGGCAACUGAACCAGAACGCACACCGUUGCAGCAGAAGCUCGAUGAAUUUGGGGAACAGCUGUCCAAGGUCAUUUCCAUAAUCUGUGUGGCUGUCUGGGCUAUUAACAUUGGGCACUUCAGCGACCCAGUUCAUGGCGGUUCUUGGCUACGUGGUGCGGUCUACUACUUCAAGAUUGCAGUGGCUCUUGCUGUGGCAGCCAUUCCAGAAGGCCUUCCUGCUGUGAUCACCACUUGCCUUGCGCUGGGGACUCGGCGGAUGGCUCGUAAAAAUGCCAUUGUGCGUAGCCUGCCGUCGGUAGAAACCCUGGGCUGCACCUCUGUGAUCUGCUCUGACAAAACGGGCACGUUAACCACAAACCAAAUGUCUGUCUGUCGGAUGUUUGUAGUGGAAAAUGUUGUGGGAGAUUUCUGUGCUCUGUCUGAGUUCACUGUGACUGGAUCGACUUACUCUCCAGAAGGUGAAGUCUUGAGAAACGGUGUGCCCAUCAGCUGCUCCCACUAUGAGGGCUUGGUUGAGCUGGCCACAAUUUGUGCUCUGUGUAAUGACUCUUCUCUUGACUUCAACGAGGCCAAGGGAACCUACGAGAAAGUGGGUGAAGCUACUGAGACUGCCCUCUGCUGUUUGGUGGAGAAAAUGAACGUGUUUGACACUAACCUGCGUGUGAUCAGCAAGGCAGAGAGAGCAACGGCUUGCAGCUCGGUGAUCAAGCAACUCAUGAGAAAGGAACUGACCUUGGAGUUCUCUCGUGAUCGCAAGUCCAUGUCCGUUUUAUGUUCUCCCAACAAACCAACAAGGUCUGCUUCCGGCAGUAAGAUGUUUGUUAAGGGAGCCCCAGAAAGCAUACUUGAGCGCUGCUCUUUUGUACGAGUAGGAUCACAGCGUGUCCCGCUCACUGCAGGCCUCCGGGACAGGGUUACAACAGUUAUCAGGGAGUGGGGAUCUGGUCGGGACACUCUCCGCUGCCUGGCAGUAGCGACACGAGAUCAACCUCCAAGGAGAGAAGAGAUGAACCUCGAGGACGCUUCCUUGUUUGUGAAGUAUGAGUCGGACCUGACUUUUGUGGGCUGUGUAGGAAUGCUUGAUCCACCCCGCAAAGAGGUCCUGGGAGCUGUGAGGAUGUGCCGACAGGCGGGGAUCCGUGUCAUAAUGAUCACGGGUGACAAUAAGGGCACCGCCGUAGCCAUCUGCCGCCGCACUGGCAUCUUGACGCCAGAAGAGGAGCAACAAGGAACAUUUGUGAGUCUGACAGGCCGGGAAUUUGAUGAGCUGAGUCCGGCAAUGCAGAGGCAAGCCUGCCGCACAGCCUGUUGCUUUGCCCGCGUUGAACCAGCACAUAAGUCUCGGAUUGUGGAGUACCUGCAGUCCUUCAAUGAUGUUACUGCAAUGACUGGAGAUGGGGUGAACGAUGCCCCUGCCUUAAAGAAAGCGGAGAUUGGUAUUGCAAUGGGCUCUGGAACAGCAGUGGCAAAGAGCGCCUCAGAAAUGAUCUUGGCAGAUGACAACUUCUCCACCAUUGUGGCCGCCGUAGAAGAAGGCCGAGCCAUCUACAACAACAUGAAGCAAUUCAUUCGCUACCUCAUCUCAUCCAAUGUGGGAGAAGUGGUCAGUAUUUUCCUGACUGCUGCUCUUGGGAUGCCUGAAGCCUUGAUUCCUGUCCAGCUACUUUGGGUCAACCUUGUGACUGAUGGCUUUCCAGCCACUGCCCUGGGCUUCAACCCUCCUGACUUGGAUAUCAUGGGCAAACCUCCCCGGAACCCCAAGGAGCCACUGAUUUCUGGCUGGCUUUUCUUCAGAUACCUCAUCAUUGGCUGCUAUGUUGGCGUUGCCACUGUCACUGCUGCUGCUUGGUGGUUCAUGGCCGCUAAUGAUGGUCCAAAAGUCACCUACUACCAGCUGAGUCACUACCUUCAGUGCAGCAGGACUAAUCCGGAAUUCAUUGGCGUCGAUUGUUCUGUUUUUGAAUCUCCCUACCCCAUGACCAUGGCCUUGUCUGUCCUGGUCACCAUUGAGAUGUGCAAUGCCCUCAACAGGUAGGGAAUGGUUUAUUUAGUCUAAUGUGCCAGGUUGAGAUGCAUCUAGUUGCAGAGUCGCAGCACCACACGUAACCGCUGGUCUAGACCAGCAGACAGGAGCAGAUUGGGUCUCAAAACUGGCCCGGAAAUCCUUCAACGAGUGAGGUGACCAGGUCGACCCACUCGGCCCAUUAUUCUUUGUAAUUUGAAUUUUGAACUUUGUAGUUCAAAGUCUCUGCCCCUACUUUGAGCACCACCUUGAGUCGUUGGACUGGUUUAGAAAUGUGACACUCAGUGAGCUGUCUAAUUGUUCCCACCCACUUUUAAGCAAAAUUCUUUCAUGAUUGUCUACAGAAGUAUAGAUCAUACAACUGGCUUCAGCGAGAGUACCCUAACCCUAACCCUAACCCUCCACUGAGGCCUUUUUUCCUACUGUGGAGCAGAGAAGGCUUGUACCUGUGCCAAAAGGACUUCACUGGUUUUCAACAAAAUGUUGGCUGCCUCAUCUGCGACUGAAACAUUUUGUACCUUUUUCUUGAGAUAAUUGAAGUGACAUCUCUAUGGCCCCCGGGUGUCUCUCCUGUUUUGGCCUUUUUCUUUUUUAAAUUUACCUUGAAUAUUUUUAGAAAUUUGUUCAAAGGUAAAGACAACCCAUCCACACAAUUAUUGUUAAGGUCAUUAAACUCUCCACUUCUUUGUAUACAUUUUCUGGCAAACAGUUGCCUCCACGACACCAAAACAACAACUUGAACCCGAUGUGCUGAAACAGGCUAAUCACUACCUCUCACCUUCCUAAAUUGUAAGGUGGCUACUAUAAUGAUAGGUCAAUAUCACCUUCUGAAAUGCCCCACCGUGUGUCCCCCUUUUAAUAUAAUCAG